AUGAAUGCGUAUGAUAAUAAAGAGGCAGGAACUUUAUUACUUCACGAUUCGGUAUUUGUUGAGCAUGGGAGCUCCGUUACAAAUGCAAAUGAUAUUCCAAAAUAUGAAAUGCAAUUUACGCGAUUGGCUCGAAAAGAAUUUCGAAAGCUUAAAAAGAGACAUCAACACACACAUUCUGAAGAAACCACCGAAUCAACGAAAGCAGAAGAGAUAAAACUGAAUGUUGAAAGAAUUCUAUGGGAAGCUCGAGAGCGACACAUUGAUCAAGAAAAUUGGGAAAAAACAGUCAAAAGCAUAAAAUUACACAAACCUCCAAACAUUACAACAAUUGUAAACGAUGCGAAUUCAGUAUCGAAUUCAGUAUCGAAUUCAUCAUCUGCCCAGAUGUCAUCAUCUAUUUCCACUGUAACCACAGCAUCUUCUCAGGAAGUAAUGCCUCUAGAGUCAGAUUAUGGAACAGAGAAAGUAGUGUAUCCUGAGUUUUCAUGCGGUCGAUAUCAUUCAUAUCCUGAUAAAAGUGUAACAAUUCUAAUUAAAAAUAUGUACGAGGGUAUGCCGGUUCGGUUGGCAGACGAAGAUAAUGAUGAUAAUUUGGAGUAUGAUGAAGUGGAAGCUGAACGUCAUUACCACGAAUUUUUCGAAGAUGUUCAUUCUGAAUUCCAACAAUAUGGGACGAUUGUUCAAUUCAAGGUGUGCAAUAAUUUUCAGAUGCACUUACGUGGCAAUGUGUAUGUACAAUUUUCUAAGGAAUGUGAAGCUGAGCAAGCAAUAAAGACUAUUAGAGGAAGAUGGUACGCUGGUAAACAAUUGAUAUGUGAAUAUUGUCCAGUCACGAAUUGGAGAUCUGCUAUAUGCGGUAGUUAUCUUGGUUGA